CCCGACGUGCGGCUCCGGCCUCCCGCACCCCUGUCACCUGCCUGCCCCGCUGCUGCCAGGCUGUCCCCGGGCUCCUUGCAGAGCAGGGAUGCGACUGUUGAUUGUAUGUCGAAAGAGCCUGUGAUCUUCCCAAAGCAGAGCCUGCAUCCUGCCAGGAAGGAGCCCUUGUGCAUCAGUAUAUCAGUCACCAAGACCGAGAAGGGGUGCAGGAAGGAGAAGCUCACUGACCCCAGUCCUGGUGAGGAUCCGCUGCCAGGGAGGCUGUUUUUCCUCCAGGCUGACCAGCCUGCUGCUCAUGAGCGACAGCCGCUACGGCAGAGUACCCAAGAAAAGCCAGGAGAAGUGGCCCAAAAUGAGGAUGAGGAUGCUUUGGCAUCUGACAGGUCACACGUCACUGACGGUGUCCCCCCAGAGCCAUCUGCCCUCUCUGCUCCGCCCGCAGAAGGGGCUUUGCAAGUACUGGACUCUUCCUGCUUUAAAAAGCAGGUCUCGCAUGACUUUCUGGAGACCAGGUUUAAAAUCCAGCAGCUUCUGGAGCCUCAGCAGUAUAUGGCCUUCUUGCCUCACCACAUCAUAGUGAAGAUCUUUGGGUUGCUUCCCACCAGGAGCCUGGUUGCCCUCAAAUGCACUUGCUACUACUUUAAAUUCCUCAUUGAGUACUACAACAUCCGGCCGGCGGACUCGCGCUGGGUGCGCGACCCCCGCUACAGGGAGGACCCCUGCAAGCAGUGCAAGAAGAAGUACGUGAAGGGGGACGUGUCGCUGUGCCGCUGGCACCCCAAACCCUACUGCCAAGCUCUACCCUACGGGCCUGGCUACUGGAUGUGCUGCCACCGGUCCCAGAAGGGCAUCCCGGGCUGUAAGUUAGGUCUCCAUGACAAUCAUUGGGUCCCUGCCUGCCACAGCUUUAACCGAGCUAUUCAUAAGAAAACCAGAGGAGCAGGAGCCGACGUGGAGGAGGAGUAUUAGUGCACAUACACUUUCCUG